AUGGAGCACCCUCGGUGUCUUUGGAGCGACUUUUGUCAGGUCCUGCAGCCGGGCUGCGGAGAAACAUCCAAAGCCCAACCCUGUCCACCCGCCACCAACGUGCUGGUCCUGUCCGGCAGCCAGAUUGCGUUUGUCGAACUUCUCGGCUUGUUUUGCCACGAGCAGAUCUCGGCGUUCAAGGAAAUUUUCCACAAGACCCUCAAGAGCGACCUGGAAGACAUCAACGACGCCUUGGAAAAGAACGUCCAAGGGUCAGCGCAGCCCGUUGUUGGCCCGCAAAUCACGCAUGACCACCCGUUUACUGUCUACACCGUUUGGGAGAAAAGAUGGAUCGUGUUUUUGUCUGCAUUCGCGGGAAUGUUCUCACCCAUGAGCUCAUUCAUCUUCUACCCCGCCAUCACUGUGAUUUCAGACGGCCUUGAUGUCUCGGUCGGGCUCAUCAAUCUCGCCAUUACCACCUACAUGGUCGUCUCGGGAGUUGCCCCAGCCUUGCUCGGCAAUGCGGCGGAUACACUAGGACGACGCCCGGUAUAUAUUCUGGCGCUGGGAACCUACUUGGGGGCCAAUAUUGGGCUGGCUCUUCAGAAUAGCUACCCUGCUUUGCUGGUCCUCAGGAUGUUGCAAAGCGCUGGUAGCUCCGGCACGAUAUCCCUCGGGUAUGGCGUUCUCAGUGAUAUUACGACUCCAGCCGAUCGGGGCUCUUACGUUGGGACAAUGCUUGUUGGUCCAAACGUGGCACCUCCUCUCGGCCCUAUCCUCGGCGGUGCCCUCGCUGCAAGCUUAGGCUGGCACUGGAUAUUUUGGUUUCUUUGCAUACUUGGUGGUGUCUGCCUCCUUAUGAUUCUGUUCACUCUGCCAGAAACCGCGCGAUGCCUUGUUGGUAAUGGCAGCAUUCCCGCCCAUGGAAUCAACCGCACCUUCCUGUCUUCCAUGUCAGAAUGGCGAAAGCCACGAUCAGAUUCACAGAGUCAUGGAGACCGACGAAAACUUUCUUUACCGAAUCCGCUGGCGUCCCUCAAACUGUUGCUACUCAAAGACGUAGCAAUAGUCGUGGUGUGCAAUGGCAUAUACUACAUGAUAUAUUGCUGUGCCCAGGCAUCGCUAUCUUCACUCUUCAUCGAAGUAUACCACUACGGUGAGAUUGCUUCCGGAUUGGUGUACAUUCCGUUCGGCGUCGCUUGCUUGAUCAGUCUGCUGGUUUGGGGCAAGGUCCUAGAUUAUGACUACGCUCGGCUGUCGAAAAGUCUCGAGCCCCGUCCAGCGGCAGACCCCAGCAAUAGCGUCGAGGGGUUUCCGAUCGAGAGGGCGAGGCUCAAGACAGCACUGUACCUGGUAGGCCUGAACACAUUGGCCACGAUAGGAUACGGAUGGGCCAUGGCUUACCGUGUGGUUAGCUUUACCGCCGCUACUGUCCUGUCUGAUUUGCUAAAGAUGUGA